AUGUCCAUACCGCCGCUACGUCUACUUCUGCCACAGGCAACUCGCUACAAUGACCUGCUACCCCCUUCCUUGCUCGUCCAAUCUGCAUCACCUGCAGCGUGUCUUGUAAUUCCAUUUCUCUUGCUAGCACAAGAACGCGAUCGAGCCAUUCGUCAGGAGAAGUUGGCAGGUGGACCUGACUUGACGGAAGUUCCUGUUGCUGAGGAGCAAACGACGCAUGCGGCAAGCACGCUUAUUUUGAAUUGCUAUGGCUCAUUGGAUGCACUUGUUGCGGCCAUGGACGGCGAACCAGUACAACCGCUCUCGCGGUUUCUGAAAAGCGAUCUCAUGGAUUCAGGGAGAUUCUUGGAGACGACUCAGCAGGUUGAAGUGAUUCACAUUGAUACACUCGCAAGUCUCUUGGGUAUCUUGUUCGUCUUGUCAACUCAAAAGCGCUCGCGAGCAACAACGGGCGAUGCGACCGAGACGGAGUUGCACGUUGCAGAUUCGCAGGAAUCCUCAGAGUCUCUCAUCGUUGCUGCCAGGGAAAACAAAGAGCGGUUGCUCGUCUUACUAGGCAUCGACGUCAUGCUCUCCAAAGCAGGCGAAUGGACAGGUCAAGGCCUUGCUCGGGUCGCUGCAGCUGCGAUCGAUGCGUGUGCUGAUGAUUGUCAUUUAUUGCUUCACUGCACGACGGUCCAAUCUGCAGACAAUGGUGAGCGCAUACCGCUACUGACGGCAUCGCCCGUAUUGCCUGCGACGUUGCAGAUUCCCUAUGUCACAGUACUGGAUGCACUACGACCGUUGAUUCAGCAUAGCUGGGUCAUUCGUCAUCAGACAAGUGAAGAACUGGAGGGUGUGCAGGCGGAAGCGUAUCAGGGUUUUUGGCAAGAUGACACAGGCACGCGGUAUCAAGUCACUUGGCGCGAACGGCAACCGGGUGGUUUGUGCUUUGAUGUGCACUAUGCCCGUCUGUAG